UUUCGAGGAAUGUGGUAAGCAACAAACGUUUUACUAUCGAUAUUAUUCAUAUCAGAAAACUCUUGUAUCUUUAUCUAACCAAGUUUGAAUUUCUCCGUUUUCUAGCGUUGCUAAUGUUUGCCACUGUCAAAUUUCUUUAUCAAAUUAUUACGUAACCAUAUUUAUACCAAUUUUAAUAAAACAGUUUUAUUAUUGGUAACGGGUGUUGAAUCAAGAUAAGAUAACGUGUAAGACAUUUGAAAUUAAAUUUGAUGAAUUUGUUAGACUUUGUUAUAAUGAAUACCUUAUAUAAAUCAAUUAUAUGAAAUAAUUUUAAUUUAAAUACUAUUCAUAAAUUAUACUUAAUAUAUUUUCAUUUAUGUUGUUUUUAAGCUCAAUAAUUAUUUUAUCUUAGAACAAUAGGAUAUUAAUGAUUUGAGUCUAAAUUUUCUACAAGGUGAUUUGUGUCAAAUUAUCAUCAUGACGUGUAAUUGUGUUGAUGCAAUUGUACCAUCAUUAUUUGGUGUACAAACAUUAUUUGCUGCUCGACAUACUUCGGAAUCUUGUGGGACUAACGGUCUACCUUUAACUCCUAAUUCUAUUACAAUUUUAGGUCGAGCUCAAAAGCUUCGUACUUUAAGCCAUCCAAAUUUAAUUUUACAUUUAGAUUUUAUACGCCAACAACACGGUCGUAUAAUUAUAGUGUCUCAAUAUUUCAACCGUUCUUUAUGGACUGAAUCCAGUAAUUGUUCAUUACUAUUGCCAUUGAAUAAAAUUUUAAGUUGGAUUCAUGAAGUUCUAUUAGCUUUAAGUAAUUUAAAUACUAAUGGUAUUGUACAUCGUUUUUUAACUCCGCAACACAUAUUAUUGGAUGAGGAAGAUAAUGUAAAAUUAUUUAAUUAUGGUAUUUAUUAUAUGACUGAUUAUGGUAAAAAUAUUAGUUUUCCCAUAGGGAAAUUGAAGUAUACUGCGCCUGAAGUGUUAGUGCUUGAUUAUACUAAGCAUAAAUCUGGUCCUAAAACUGAUUCUUGGUCAGUAGGAAUCAUUAUGUUGGAAUUAAUUCUCGGAGCACAGCUUUGGCCAACUCUCAAAUUAAGUCAAGUAAUUAGAAAGGUAUUGUCUUUGACUCAUUGUUCAGAUAUUGUAACUAGGUUAGCUCGAGAGAUGGGUCGAUUAUCAUUGUACCAAUCAUUACCGAAUGAACUCAAAGAUUUUCUAAAUAAAUGUUUAUGUAUUGAUGUUGGCAAAAGAAUGUUGCCUAAAGAAUUAAGUACACACUCAGUGUUCUCCCUAUAUGGUUGUUCCAAAACAUUGAGAAAUAAGUGUUAUGCGUGUAAACAUCCUUUAAGACAAAUGGAACUUUCUCAAAUUUAUUAUUUAUGGAAGUUAGCUGGAGGUGAUGUAGAAUGGGCUCUUAAAAAAGGAGGAUUGCUACGUAAUGAAUCAUCUGUAUUACUAUUACCAAGGUUAAUUACUCUUGAAGGAACCUUGUAUGGUAGUAUACGAAAUCAAAGUUCACUAAUGGAUUUACAAGUUGUAGAACUCUCUUUAGAUUUACUAGCAAAUCGUCUGCAACAUUUAAAAAUUACUGAUUAUUACCCAUCAAUUGAUGAAAUAAAAGAGCGUUCAGAUGUUACUGAUACACUACCUUUAGUUAUUCGUGAAAAGGAUACAGAAUAUCAAUUUCAUAGGAUAAUAUUGUUUGACCGAUUACUGUCAGUUUAUCCUCAUAAAUUUGAUAAAUUAAUUGUUGAAUCUAAAAAAGAUAUUCCACCUUAUUAUAGGGGAGAAAUCUGGUCAUGUCUUUUAAAAGUAUCUGGCGAUACAGAAAGUGAAUAUUUAGCUAUUGAUAAAGAAACUGCUGGAGUGACAGAUAGACAGAUAGAAGUAGACAUACCCCGGUGUCAUCAAUAUAAUGAUCUAUUAUCAUCACCUGUUGCCCACAAGAAAUUAAAAAGAGUAUUGAAAGCAUGGCUUGUUAGUCAUCCUAAGUAUGUUUAUUGGCAGGGUUUGGAUUCUUUGUGUGCACCUUUUGUGUACCUAAACUUUUGUGAAGAACAUAUAGCUUAUGCAUGUUUAACAGCUUUUGUGAAAAAGUAUUUGAAUGAUGUUUUUCUAAAAGAUAACUCUGCUGUUAUUCGUGAAUAUUUAGUUAAACUAUCACAUUUAAUUGCAUUCCAUGACCCCCAAUUGGCAAACCAUUUAGAUGAUAAAGCGUUUAUACCAGAUUUGUUUGCUAUACCUUGGUUUCUUACAAUGUUUUCCCAUGUAUUUCCAUUGCAUAAGAUAUUCCAUUUAUGGGAUAAAUUACUUUUGGGUGAUUCAUCUUAUCCAUUAUUCGUUGGAUUUUCUAUUUUAAAUCAAUUACGAAAUACAUUGUUGAAUUCUGGAUUUAAUGAGUGUAUAUUAUUGUUUUCUGAUUUGCCAGAAGUUGAUAUCGAAAAAUGUGUUACCGAAUCUUGUAAAUUUCAUGAUAGUACCCCAAGAUCAAUUACUUUUAGAAAACACGAAUUAAGAUUGGAGACACGAGAAUGGGAUCCAUGUUUAACUUAUGAAGUAUUACACAAUGAAUUUUGUCCACGAAUAAGUGUAUAUGAUUUAUUGGAGCUCAAAAAAUCAAAUAAUAAGUUUUUAGUUGUAGAUACUCGUACUCAAAAUUUAUUUGUAGAAAGAAGUUUACCUGGGAGUGUGAACAUAUUUGUAACGGAAGAAGAUUUAAAAAAUGAACAAUUUGAUUUAACCCCUAGUCCAGAACUAAGUGCUUUGGUGAACAACAAAGGCAGUGUGUUAGUAGUAGUAGAUAGCAUUCGUGAAUUGGAAAAAAUGAAAAAGUUUAGUCGAUUUUUAGUACUAAAAGAGUAUCCAAAAGUUUGCUGUUUACAUGGCGGAAUAGAAUCUCUCGAACAACUUAAUUUGUUUCAUUUGAAUGUUAGGCAAAUCAUGAGGCUAUUAUUACUCCGACAUGGCGGUAGUGAGAGUACAGAGAAUUCGAGUAUUCCGUCACAAACCGUCUUUAAGAAUUUGGGGUUGGAUAGUCAAGGUACUGCCGUUUUUGCUGGUGUUGCUUGUGGUCUUUGCCAUGUGCUUCAUAGCCCUAACUCACGUCCCUAUUAUACAAAAAAACAAUCAAUCAGUAAAGAAUCAUGUUCGAAUGACAAAAUUAAAAUCGGAAGUCAGUACUUAAAUAUGUUGAAUUCUGCUUCUAUAGAGACAAUAGUAGAUCCUAAAAAUUAAUUACAUUUUUUUGGGGAAGUAGGAAGAGAUAAAACAAUAUUAUAAAGAAGUUUACCGUUAGGUUUAUUACACAAAAUUAAGAAUUAGAGUGUGGUAUUAUAACCCCUACAGACAAAUUUAUCAAGCUACAUCCAUAGUAUUAACAUUCACUGCACAAAUAUAUUUAGUGGUUGUUUCAUGGAUGUAUUUAUCAUGUAACCACGAUAUUUAUUAGUUAUUUAAGAUUUCUAGAAGAUAUCUUUGAGACAUUGUAAAAUAGUUCACUUUUUUUUAUAUAAAUAACUAAUUAAUAAUUUUGAACAACGUUAUCUUACCUUUUAUUUCACGGUAUAGAAAUAAUUUUCUAAAAAGUCUCCAAAUUAUUAAUAACUAAUUUAUAAUAAUGUGAACAGUAAAAAUCAAUGCAUUACAGGGCGCUUUUAUUUCCAAUUUCUCUUUUCUAAAUAUGCCACUCAUUAUAAUUAUAUUAUAAUUUUCAACUAUUAGAUUUAAAAUUUAUAAAUAAUAAAAAUUACAUUUAUUUAACUUCUAUAAUUUGUAUGUUUAAUUGUUAGACUAUAAAAAUUUAC